AUGCAUGUAUAAAUGUUACAAAAAUACGACCGCGUGAGAGAUAACAAAUGAAAAAGUGAAUAUAAGCACGGAAUUUAAAGAAACGAAACACAAUUAAAGUUUAGAAUCAAUAACAAUGGAGGUGCUCGUAAUAUGGAUACUACUUAACGAAUGUUUGAUGUCAGCAACAUGUCAUUCAUCAACUCUAUGUUUUCAACAGCGACCAAAAGUAGACGACAGUAAAAUUUGCGAGCAAGAGUCUGACAAAUUAUCAUGUAAUGAAGACGAGGUUAUAAAGAUCAACAAUGUUCGUUAUGCAAGGAACGACAACUCUGGUAAGGGAACCUGCGAUCAUUGCUCUGGGAAAUUCACUACAGCAGACUGGCAAAUAAGUUUAACCUCGUUCAAAUCCAAAAUAUACCAAUAUUGUUCAAAGCAGAAUAAAUGUUUAUUAAACGAUGUUGCAAAGCCAAGCACAACAGAAAGCGACAAAGAAUAUCUAUGGCAAGCCAUCAUAACAUACGAUUGCAUUAACACAGGUUUGUUCAAAGAUAUUUGUUCAUCAUGGGAGAAGACACUGAAGUACGAGUCGUUAUAUAUCACGUAUAAUGCCACGGAGGCUGUUCUGGGAUAUUGUAGCUGUAUAAUUAAAGGGGCGGCGAUCGCAUUCAUUGUUGAUUACAGACCAUAUCACAUCUGUUCUGAUACAACAUUCAUUGUUGAUGGUAAACUGUUGACCACGUGUUCACAAGGAGGUCACCCUUCAAUAUUUAAUGAACCUAUAAGCUAUUCUCGCGAUGGUAUUAAUUUAACGGUUUUAUUUUCAAAAUCUCCUCCCCAGAUGUUUUGGCUUAGAAUUACAGCCUUUGCGCAUGUUCACUGCUAUGCCGAAAGACAAGUGACAAGAUCGACUGCCACAAUUCUAACAAAUUCAGAAGCUACAUUAACAACGACAACAACAACAUCACGAAAUCAACAGACAGAAAUAUUCAUAUCUGGUUCUGCAAACACAGUGAUGACAACAGAAAAGAGAUUGUCUCAGAAAGAUGACAUUGACGGUAGUGAAAUUCCCGUUUUAGCCAUAGUUGUCGGAAUUGUAUGUUUGACGGCUCUUGUUGUUGCGGGAAUCCUGACGUAUAUUUUCUGUAAAAGGAGAGCAUGCAGACUUGCUCAAAAGAAGCACAAGCGCAAUGGAUUCAAUGCAGUUCAUUUUAAAGCUGAAAAGACAGGCAAACCGACAAUUUCAAUUAUCAUGAAUGAUGUAUUGUACCAAGAUGCUGAAGAUAUAACUAAUUCAAAUUCGGCUUUCAAUAAUCAAGAAACAACCGCAUACUCUGAUUAUUUAGAACCAGUCCAAGCGAUUGCAGACGGCUCGAAGGCAAAUGAUAACAUAGAGAAUACAAAUACUGCUUUGUAUGAAAACAUAGCUAAUGACAACGAAAAACAAUGCAGUAUGAAAUUAGCAACAAAAGAGAACGAAUGCAAAUGCAAAUGCAAGUACACACAAGUGAUUAAAGACAGAAAGAAUAAUGGUGUGUAUAAUUCUGUCACUGAAAUAGAUGAUUAUUCACAUAUACGUGGUUUCAAGAACAAUUCUGUGCCAAAAUGUACGGAUGAUUACGCACAUACUAAAAUCCGUCAAGAGAGCAAAAGUUCACAGGAACUUGAUAUAUACAGUCAUUUUAACAAAGAAGAUAUUUCCAACAGUGGUGACUGCCAGUCUGUUCAAGAGAAUAACGAAAACGACGAAAUAAAUGAAUAUGACCACCUUGAAAAUUACUCGAAUGCAUGAAAAUUAUUGCAAUAGAAUUUAACAGCAUGCGGAUAUAAUUAUAGGUUAUUAGCUUUGUAUCGGAAAAUAUGCACGACUUCUUCAGCGGAAAUGUGCCAAAUUGUACGGAUGAUUGCGCACAUACUAAAAUCCGUCAAGAGAAUAAAAGUUUACAGGAACUUUCAGUUUAUAUAUACAGUCAUUUAAACAAAGAAGGUAUUUUCAACAGUGGUGAAUGCCAGUCUGUUCAAGAGAAUAACGAAAACGACGAAAUAAAUGAAUAUGACCACCUUGAAAAUUCUUCCGCUGAAUAACGAGUGCAUAUUUCCCGAUGCAAAGAUAAUAACUUUUUUAUUACAUACGCAUCUACACGUAAAAAUAUAAUGUAAAUAUCAUAAAUAUGUUAAAUAGCCUGAAAACGAUUGACAAUACUGAUUUAAAAAGAAAAAAUAGUGCAACAACACACACUGAAUUACGUCAUGCACCCGAAAUGAAAUUCUGGUGUCAGUGUAUGGAAAAAUAUUGACGUUUCCUGUACCAGUGUAGAGGAAUAGAAACAAGUAUAUGAUAAUGAUCUGUAUGGAACUAUUGGUGAUAACUUGUAAUGCUAUGCUCAUUAAGUUUCACUGUUGAAUUGCGUUACAAUUUCAUGAACAUAUAAUCUGAUACGAGGGUCAUUCUAAAAAUAAUGAUAAUCCUGA